AUGGAGGGGGGUAAGGGUGAUGAUAGAUCUGCAGCAACUGCAGCAAAUGCAGCACAAUUAGUACCACCAGGAGCAGCACAACACAACGAACACCACCAACAACCAGCAGCAGCAAUAACAGCAACAGCAGCAGCAGCAGCAGCAGCAGCAGCAGCAGCAGAUAUAGAGGACCACCCUCUAUUUAUGACGAAGGUACCAACAGCAGCAGAAUUCAAAAAAAAUUCUUUGCUGUCUGCAUUAGCUGCUCUUAUUGAUGAGGAUGAGCAGCAGCAGCAGCAGCAGCAGCAGCAGCAGCAGCAGCAAAUGGAUAAAGGGCCCCAUAGGAGGCAAAGACACAAGACACGAUCCUGUCCUUGGGGUACAAGAGGUAUAAGACCACAAACUGCUGCUCGGCCUGCUGCUGCUGCACCUGCUGCUGCUGCUGCUGCAGCAGAACCCAAAGGGGAUGCAGCAGCAGCAGCAGCAGCAGCAGCAGACACGAGUGCUGCCGGGUGUCUGCAGCAGCAGCAAGACGAUGAAAUGGAUUGUGAAGAUGCAGCAGCAGAAGAUGAAGACGAAGCAGCAGAAGCAGCAGCAGCAGCAGCAGCAGCAGAUGCAGCAGCAGCAGCAGCAACAGCAGCAGCAGCAGCACCUAGUGGGCCCUCUAUGGGGGAAUUGCAGAUAUGCAUGCGUUUGUUUUCUAUGAAGUAA